AUGUCUCAAAACAACUGCUGGGUCAAGGGCCGGAGAGGAGGAGGCGCAGGGCUGACGAGAGCGGAGAGAGAACCCGUCUGCAGCCUGACUUCACGCAGCGACACCACGGCGCAGCGCUUUCAAUCAGGAACUCCGAGACAACUUUCAAAGAUGACUACUUCCUGGAGCGACCGGCUGCAGAACUUGGCCGACCUGCCCGCCAACAUGGAUGGACUGGCGAUGAAAAAGUACAGAAGAGAGCCUUAUCACAGAGUAUUUGUCAACAGGAGUUUGGCCAUGGAGAAGAUUAAAUGCUUCGGAUUUGAUAUGGAUUACACGUUGGCAGUGUAUAAGUCGCCCGAGUAUGAGUCACUCGGAUUUGAGCUCACUGUCGAGCGCAUGGUGUCCAUCGGUUAUCCCCAAGAGCUGCUCAGCUUCGUCUACGAUCCGUCCUUUCCCACCAGAGGCCUUGUGUUCGACACCAUGUAUGGAAACCUGCUGAAGGUGGAUGCGUACGGUAAUAUUCUUGUCUGUGUACAUGGAUUCAACUUUCUCAGAGGUCCCGAGAUCCGAGAGCGCUACCCUAAUAAAUUCAUCCAAAGAGAUGAUACGGAACGUUUUUAUAUUCUAAACACACUUUUUAACCUCCCAGAAACCUACCUCUUUGCUUGUCUUGUGGAUUUCUUCUCCAACUGUGACAGAUAUGCAAGGGGGAGAAUGCUUUCCUGUUUGGCUGGGGACCCCUCCAACAAGGGAAGGCUUUCCCAUUUAAAAGCAAACAACAAACAAAUCUGUGAAGCAGGAUUCAAAGACGGGGAUCUCUUCAUGUCGUACAAGAGCAUGUUCCAGGAUGUGCGGGACGCAGUGGACUGGGUCCACUUCAAGGGCACAUUGAAGGAAAAGACUGUGGAGAACCUGGAGAAGUAUGUAGUGAAGGAUGGAAAGCUGCCUCUUCUCCUCAGUCGAAUGAAUGAAGUUGCCAAGGUGUUCCUGGCCACCAACAGCGACUACAAAUACACUGAGAAAAUAAUGACCUACUUGUUUGACUUCCCGCAUGGAUCCAAGCCUGGUACAGCACACCGACCCUGGAAGUCCUACUUUGACCUGAUCCUAGUUGAUGCCAGAAAGCCUCUGUUUUUUGGGGAGGGCACAGUGCUGAGACAAGUUGAUACGGCAAGUGGACGUCUAAAGAUAGGGACAUAUACCGGGCCUCUGCAGCACGGCAUUGUCUAUUCUGGAGGUUCUUCAGAUAUAGUUUGUGACUUACUUGGAGCUAAAGGCAAAGACAUUAUAUACAUCGGGGACCACAUCUUUGGUGAUAUCUUAAAAUCGAAGAAACGUCAGGGCUGGAGAACGUUCCUAGUCAUUCCGGAGCUUGCACAAGAGUUGCACGUAUGGACAGACAAAAGCCCUUUAUUUGAGGAGCUGCAGGGUCUGGACAUAUUCUUGGCAGAGUUGUACAAACAUUUGGACAGCAGCAGCAACGAACGGCCGGACAUCAGCACCAUCCAGAGAAGAGUCAAGAAAGUUACUCAUGACAUGGACAUGUGCUAUGGCAUGAUGGGAAGCCUGUUUCGCAGCGGCUCUAGGCAGACGCUUUUCGCCUCCCAGGUCAUGAGAUACGCAGACUUAUACGCAGCCUCCUUCAUCAACCUCCUCUACUAUCCAUUCAGCUACCUGUUCAGAGCGGCGCAUGUGCUGAUGCCGCAUGAAUCGACCGUGGAACACGCCCACGUGGACAUCGACACGGAGUCACCGCUGGCAACACGGAACCGGACACACUGCAACGACUGCAAGGACCUGGACUGCAAACGCAACCAGUUCACUCGCUCCUACAGCGAAAUCAAGCCUCCAAACCUGUUCGCCCAGACGCCCCAGGAGAUCACACACUGCCACGAUGAAGACGACGAUGAAGAGGAGGAGGAGGAGGAAGAGGAGGAGGAGGAGGAAUAA